AUGUCAACUUUAACGCCAACAAAAAGGAAGCAGUGCUCUUUGAACCGUGACACCCCAUUAUCAGAAAUUCCAUCAAAGAAAUUAAUUUUGGACUUCACUGAAAAUGUAUUUCCAUCACCUAAUAAAAAGCACAGUUGCCAAACCACUAUUAAAAAUGAAGGAAAGAUUCAUUGCUCUCAACAGGGCCAUUUGAUUUCAAGUCCACUCAAAAUGACUAAAAAUAGAUUGCCAUCUGCAAAUCAAUGUUCACCAUUUAAAUCUGCUGUGUCUGCUGUAUCCUUUUACAACAAAGAUAAGUGGUACCUCAAUCCAUUGGAGAGAAAGCUGAUAAAAGAGAGGAGAUCCAUUGGUCUAAAAACUAAUAUUGAGGAUAAAUCGCAUUCCUAUAUGACAGAAAAAAUGCAAGGAAAACCAAUCUGCUCCAAGAAGAUGAACAAAAAACCACAGAAGAGUUUGACUGCUAAGUGUCAAGCAGGAUACAAAUGCAUCAAGCCUGUAUCAAAGAAUUCUAAAAAUUCCAAGCAGAACCAAGUGACCUAUAAGCCAGCUGUGGAGAAUAAUUGUUACUCAGCUGAAAAUAAUCUGAAUGCUCCUCGAGUUCUAAGCCAGAAGGUCAAACCACAAGCUACUCUUCAGGGUGGAGCAGCUUUUUUUGUUAGUAGGAAAAAGCCCUCAUUGAGAAAAUCAUCCCUGGAAGAUAAGCCAUUACUGGGACUCACCCAGAAAAAUAAAUCAGAAGUUAUUGAAGAGUCUGAUGGAGAGACUGUCAAUGAAAGAAGUUUUGAGAAAAGGCAAGCGCCAAAGUGUGUGUUAGUAGAAAAAGAACUGAACAUUGAGCUGUUGAGUGAAAGAAGUAAAAGUGAAGAGAAAUUAAUAAAGGAUGCAUCAGAUGGAGUCAUUUCUUCAAGGGAGUGUAAAACUAAUGAAAAUAAGAGUUGUCCUUCAGAGGAGUCUUUCAGUGAGAACGAGGCAGUUUCUCCUGAGUCCAUUGUCUAUCCCAUCUUCACUAUGUGUUCAGUCAACACAAAAAGAUCUCUAGUUGAAGAACAGUCUUCUGUGGGAUCCACCACAUCUACUAACUUCUUAAAACAAAUCAACGUACAGAAGAGUACUAAUAUGAAAGAUUCAAACAAAGAAACAAAAGACCAGCUCAUUAUUGAUGCAGGUCAGAAACAUUUCGGAGCCACUAUGUGUAAGUCCUGUGGCAUGAUCUACGCUGCUUCCAACUCUGAGGACGAACUGCAGCAUGUUCAGCAUCACCACCGAUUUGUGGAGGGAAUCAAAUAUACUGGCUGGAAAAAAGAACGUGUUGUAGCUGAGUUUUGGGAUGGGAAAAUUGUGUUGGUCCUGCCACGUGAUCCGAGUUAUGCUAUCAGAAAGGUUGAAGAUGUCCAGGAACUUGUUGAUAAUGAGUUGGGCUUCCAGCAAGUUGUUCCCAAAUAUCCAAACAAAACCAAAACCUUGCUGUUUAUCUCUGAUGAAAAGAAAGUAGUUGGGUGUUUAAUUGCAGAGCCCAUCAAACAGGCCUUCCGUGUCCUGUCUGAACCAACUGGCCCAGAAACCCCAAGCUCUAAAGAAUGUCAGAGGGCUUGGCAAUGUUCAGAUGUACCAGAACCUGCAGUGUGUGGGAUAAGUAGAAUCUGGGUCUUCAGACUUAAAAGAAGAAAGCGCAUUGCCCGACGACUGGUAGACACGCUCAGGAAUUGCUUCAUGUUUGGCUGUUUUCUCAGGACUGAUGAAAUAGCAUUUUCUGACCCAACACCAGAUGGCAAGUUAUUUGCAACCAAGUACUGCAACACACCUAAUUUCCUUGUAUACAAUUUUAAUAGUUGA